AUGAUUAGUUCGACACGCAUCUUUUCAUUUGGUUUGGGUCAUUCGCCAAGUCGUUCACUUGUCAAAGGUCUUGCUCGAGCAACAAAUGGACGUUUUGUUUUUAUUCCACCUAAUACAAGUGUUGAUAUUCAUGUUGGUGAACAGUUACAAAGAGCUCUGCAACCCUGUAUAGCUGGCAUAGAAGUGAAAUGGAGUCUCGAUACUACUGUUAUAAGUGCACCAACAAAAAUACCACCAGUCUAUGCUAAUGAUCGUCUGAUUGUCUAUGCACUUGCUAAUAAUCCAAAGUUUGUCUUCCAUCAUCAUUCCAGCGUUCAAUUACACACUGAUAAUAGUCGAUUGGGCACGGCGAAUAUUGAUGGCAUGGUGAAUAUGAGCAUGAAUGGAACCAUUGCUCGACUAGCUGCCAAAGCACUGAUUCGCGAAUUGCAACAUUCGAAAUUGACUUCUUUGGUAAAAGAGAGGAAAUCAGUCUCGCUACUAAGUUGUUUUCGGAAAAAGCAUCCAUUGCCAAAAGCUGCAACAGCAAUCAGCGACAAAGAAUUGACAAAGAGAUGCAUUAUUGAACUUUCACUCAAAUAUCAGAUUUUGAGUCCACAUACCGCUUUCAUUGGUGUUGAAAAACAAGUGGAUAGCAGCAACGCUGAUAUAAUCUUGCGCGAAGUACCAAUUCAAAUAUCAACCGAUGACCAACACUUACGCAUAUCCCAUUCCAUGAAUCAGUGUACCAAUACGAUGCCACCUAAUCCGAUACCAUUACGUAGGAUGCAAGCACCAAUGGCCAUAGCUACGGUGAAUCGAUCGAUGUCAACGGAGUACAAACGACAUAAAGCUCUCAGGCCGAUGCCUCAAUCAGAUUCGUUUUCAGAAGAUCACAUCGAUGAAAUUGACGAAGAGUAUCUUUCCCUACGAAUUUUUUCUUCAAUGCCAUCGAAAUCCAAUUAUGUUUGUUCUACGCCCAGUUCACGUGAACAGCCUCUGAUUGACCAAGAAAAAUAUGAAACAUGGCCUAUCGACGAUCAAAAUAUUGUUCGCUAUUUGAUAGGCAAACAAAAAUUUGAUGGUUUAUGGGAUUUAGAUGUCACAGAUAUAGAACAUUUGACUGGGCAAUCGUUGACAAGCUUUCCAUCAUCCAACAAUAAACAAAUUCUCAUAUCGGCUAUUGUUAUUGUCGCACUUGAAACGCGUUUCGCUUCAUUGUUGAUAAUGUGGUAUGGUGUAGUACAAAAAGGUCGUAAGCGUCUUCUUGAUUUACUUGACAAAGACGUCAAACAACUUGAAUCAUUACUGAAGGAUAUUCGUCAACAAUUUUGA